CUCCAAAUCUACAGCUUCAGGAACACUUGACCAUGGCUGACGACGAUCAAGACAUCUUCGAUGCACUGGAGCGCGAAGCGUCUGAGUUUACAAAAGAUGCAGAAAUUGAUCGCAUCCGCAAGGCAUUCUCCCUCGAUGCUUACGCCGUUCUAGACCUACAGCCCGGUGUUCCUGAAAAGGACAUUAAGAUACAAUACCGCAAGAAGUCUCUUCUUAUUCAUCCGGAUAAGACCAAGAAUCCGGCUGCGCCAGAUGCUUUUGAUCGACUGAAAAAGGCACAGACCUCACUCCUUGACGAGAAGGAGCGCACCUACCUGGACGAAUGCAUUGCAGACGCGCGACGUCUGUUGAUCCGUGAACACAAAUACACCGUUGACUCUCCGGAGCUGAAAACCGAGGAGUUCAAGAAGGAAUGGCGACAGAAGACCGUUCAGGUUCUCUUAGAAGAGGAAGCACGGCGUCGGCGACAAGCUAAAGCGCGCAUGCAGGAAGAGGGACGAGAGAAGCGCAAGGAGGAGGAAGAGCUUGAUGCGCGCAAACGUAAGCGUGAUCAAGACAAAGCGUGGGAAGAUACUCGGGAGGAGCGCAUUGGGAGUUGGCGGGAUUGGAAGAAGGGGAAGUCGGGCGACGAUAAGAAGAAGAAAAAGAAGAUGAAGGUUCUUGGGUGAGCUUCACUAGAAAG